AUGCCUUUUCCUCCUAUUGAUGCUGACGCAUUCGGGUUGGUUCAAGAGCAGCUUGCAGAUGAUCCGUUCCGCCUGCUUAUCGCGACUAUAUUUCUAAACAGAACUCGAGGAGGGGUUGCCCUUCCCGUCUUGUUCAAGGUUUUUGAGCGAUUUCCCACUGUCGAAGCAAUGGCUUCAGCGAACUCUAGCGCAGAUGUGGAUGUCUCACCCACCAAAAAAGAUGAAAGAUAUCGCAAACUCCACUACCCCUGCAAAUUAGACGGACGGGAUGUCCGACCACAAGAGUGUAUUGAUGAUGCAGACCCCCGCGUGGCCUGGGAGGUCGCACAUCUGCCCGGGGUGGGGGCUUAUUCACUGGAUAGCUGGCGAAUCUUCUGCCGAGAUGAGUUGCGAGGCCUAGCCAAGGAUUGGAAAGGGUCGGGUGCAGCUACGGCCGACUUUGUUCCAGAGUGGAAAUCAGUUCUGCCACAUGAUAAAGAGCUGCGGGCAUAUCUGACGUGGAUGUGGCUUAAGGAGGGUUGGGUAUGGGAUCGUCAGACGGGACAUAAAACGCGAGCUAGUGAGAAGAUGAUGCGAGCUGCACGCCGCGGCGGAGUGGCUCUUGAAGAGAAUGGGAAUUGGAUACUGGAGACCUCGCCAGUGAAAAAAGCUGCGAAUGGUCUGACUACGUGGGAUUAG